AAGUACAGAUAAGAUGUCAAAAGAUUAAAGAAGAGUAUUAGAGGAGCUGUGCAACCAAAGUUACUGAUGCAUCCAAUCCAAUGAAUAUUGCUCGAGUGAUACUUGCUCUAGUUUUCUGCACCUUUUUCACAGCAUCCUAUUUCACAAAUAAGUAUGUCCUGUCUAUCUUAAAGUUUACAUUUCCAACCAUUUUUCAGGGUUGGCAGACCUCCACUGGGGCUCUAUUGCUGCUGGUUACAUGGAAACUUGGUUUGGUUGAAAUCAAUGGCUUCUCCAGAUCUGCGGCUUUUUCCCAGCUUCCUGGGUCCUUCUUGUUUAUUGGAAACAUUUAUGCAGGGUCCAAAGCACUGUCACUUUUGCCCAUUCCUUUUUUCUUCGUGUUACAAAAUGUCUCCGAAGUCUUUGCUUUUUUCAUCGUAACUGUAACACACAGAGAGAAACCGCCAUGGAUGAAAUUAUUGAGUGUGUGUAUGUUGCUGGGAUCUGCCACCAGCCUUAUGUUAUACAAUCCACGGUUUGGUCCCAGUGGCUACACAUGGGCGUCCAUCCAUCUGUUUUGUGUUGGCGCAUAUAAAGUAUUCCAGAAGAACACAAAGACAAACCUCCUGAGUGAUCUUGAAGAGCAGUUCAUCAACUAUGUGACCAGUUCAUUGUUACUUGCCUCUCUUGCAUACACAACAGGUGAUCUAUCCGGUGCCUUAGAUUUCCCUCUCCUGACUACAUACAGUUUCCAUACUGGCUGCUUGGGCAGUGCCAUAUUCAGCUUUUGUUUGAUGUUGGCAACCGUGAAAUUGAAGGGCAGUCUGUCUCAGGAGCACUGUGGCAUCUGGUUCUUCCUGGCCAAGAUACUGGCAUCAGGUCUUUCCCUUUUCCUUUCCACAUUCAACACUGUGCUCAGCCCCAUGACUUUGUGCUGCAUCAUCCUGAACUAUGCCGGAGAGGCCUUGUUUGUGUAUUCAGACAGAGUUAAAUAAGUUAAAUAAGGCCGGUGCCUUUGAAGAUUUUCCAAAUAAGUCACUUCAGCUCUUUAUAGGAGUUUUAUAAAUUGACCAAAGCGAAUUGCCUCAAUGAGAUUAAUUUCACCUUGCAACACCCAAAACUCUUUUUUUAUUUUUUGUUGUUUUUGUUUUUUUUGCUUUUUUUUGAGUUACAUAUGGAAGCUUGUUUCUGCCACAAGAUAAAAAAAUAAAUAAACUAUUGCUGCUAUUUUUACCUUUUUUAAAAUCUCACAAUUCUGACUUUUUUCUUGCAAUUCUGUUAAAAACUUGAAAAUUUGAGAAAAAAGUUGUGAAAUUUUGAGAAUUGAAUUGAAUUGAAUUGAAUUGAAUUUUGAAUUUUAACUUGCAGUUACAGGUACAAACUUGCAAUUUUGAUAAGAAAAGUUUAAAUUGUGAGUUAAAAAGUCACACUUACACUAUCAGUCAAACGUUUUUGGACAGUAAGUCACUUCUGCUCACCAAGCCUGCAUUUAUUUGAUUAAAAGUACAGCAAAAACAGCACCCCAACCCCCUUAAAAAUGCUGAUCUUUGGAUCUUUCUAUUCAUGAAAGAAUCCUGAAAAAAUGUACUCAACUGUUUUAAAUAUUGAUAAUAAUAAUAGUAAUAAUAAUAAAAAUAAAAAUGUUUUAUAAAAAUAAAAUGUUUCUUGAACAGCAAAUCAGCAUAUUAAAAUGAUUUCUGAAGGAUCAUGUGACACUGAAGACUGGAGUAAUGAUGCUGAAAAUUCAGCUUUGAAAUCACAGCAAUAAAUUACAUUUUAAAAUAUAUUCAAAUAGAAAACAGUUGUUUUAAAUAGUAAAAAUAUUUCAAAAUUGUACUGUUUUUGCUGUACUUUGGAUCAAAUAAAUGGUGAGCAGAAGAGACUUUUUUUAAAAACAUUAAACUUCUGACUGGUUGUGUAUGUGUACCUUUUUUAUUAUGUGGCUAAAAUAAAAAAAUUGCUAAAUGUAGGUCAGAAUAAAAAAAUAUUGUCAAAAUUGUGAGAUGUAAACUCAAAAUUGAGAAAAAUUCUGUCAGAAAGUUUGUAUCUUUUUGGAAUUGCAAGAAAAAAGUUAGAAUUGUGAGAUACAAACUCUGCAAAAAAAAAGUCUGAAUUGUGGGAUAAAUUGUCUUUUUUAUUUCUUAUUCUGUGGUGGAAACGUGCUUCCAUAGUUACUUGUUAAACCAGGGAUAGCAGAAAAAAACAGAUGUUUACUAUAAUUCCUUUAGUCCUAUGUUUUAAUAUGGCCAGUUUAUUCUAGUCACUUGAUGUAGAUCUUUGUUUUGCACUUAUUACACAUUUUUCACCAGCAACAUUUGUAUUUGCUAUUAGUAUUUGACCUUUGCACAUCACUGUCCUGCAGUGUUUGCUUUUAAGAGUCCUGGAUCAUAUCCUGAAUACUGUCACACCUUACAUCAGCACUCUGUACGAGAAGCAUUUAGAUACAAUGGGAAAACACCAAUACAUAAACCCCCUGUAGAUGAUUUUUGACAUAAUGGCAGUCACCAUAAACAUGUUAGUGUUAUUAGUCAAAUAUAUUUGUUGUCCAUGUUAACAUUAUAAUUAUUGCAGGUUGGUUGACGGUUAUAAUAUUUUUAAGGGUAUCUGGGGUUUUCAAAUAUAGAAAGAACUCCCAAAAUGUUCAGAAAGUUUAAAAUGAUUGACAUUUACUGUAUUUUGGAGCAACAUUGUAUUAUACUGUAUUUCUAAAGCUUCUAUUAUGAAAUUGACCCAUGUAUUAUGUUCUAUUAUAAAAUACCUUUUAGUAUUUUAAGCCAGUUUUUGCAAUACUAAAUAAAAGAAUUUCAUUGACCAUCUCUGUGUUUUCUUAUUUUUAUGCUGAAAAAAAAAUCAAAUCACAGAACACAGAAGCAAUAUUACAUACCUUUAUUUAAUCUUGGUGUGUAGCUUGCAAAACA